CUGAAAAAUCUGGCCUUUGUAUUGUUGACAUGAAACCAUGGAUUCGCACCUUAUAGAAAUGAUACCAUGUGUUAUGGAUUUUUUAGAGCUUGAUGCCAACGAACUGCUUACUGCAGGUACAAUUUAAGAAAAUAAUUGGACUUAUUCAUUUAAUAACUAGGGCUUAACCGGGGACAGUUUUUUUGUUGUUUUUUUACACCGAGUAUUUUGAGAAAAUAUCCGGUGGGUCCAAGUCCAAGUGUUACAAUACAACUUAGUCUUAGUUCACUGUUACACAAAAAAAGUUAUUUUUCUCAUUUUCUAUAAUUUAUAAUAUAUGACGGCCUUUAAACAUUAGUCAUAGGCCUAUAGACAGUUCUACACCUUACCUGCCGGCCUUUAAACAAUAGGCCUCUGGAGGUCCUAUACCCUACCUGCAGGCCUUUAAAUUACUCACACUCAAAUACUUAACAAAUAGAAAUAGGCUAACUUAAUUAAUAUUAAUAUAACAAUUCAAUACGGACAAUACGGUCUAAUACUAAUACAGUCCUAGUCCUACACUACCCAUCAUCCAUGGCUCUUUCUUCUUCUAUAUCUUGAGUACCCAAGAUCAAUGUAAUGAUCAUUCUGGCUCUUAUUUAUGUAGAGGGGAUUCACAAUGUUUCUUUGCCUAGUAUUGAAUUGGAUAUUUCACUGAUUGCAAGGGCUACUCAGCAGGGUAUCGGGAACUGGAGGUUGGAAGGCAUGAGACUAUUAAGACAAUAGAUACAAAUGUGUUAAGUGAAGUCCCCUCAACUCUGUUCCUUUUGGGAGCUUGUUCCAGUCCCUGAUUGUCUAUGACAGGAAUGUGCAGUUCCUGUACUGUAUUCUUGCUGUUAUGAGCCGGAACUGCCUGUCAUGGCCUUGUCUCUGUCGAGGGUAUAGAGGGACAAGUUUCUGUUUAAUGCUGGAGCAGUGGACCAGCCCAUUUUUAUCGUGCAUCAUGGAGAGCCAGUGAUGACCAGCCCAGUGUUUAUUGAUUAAUAUACUUUUUGCCUCCGAAAAAAUGCAACCUUUUUACCUGAGUUCAACAAACAGCAUGACAGCUUUUUUUCAUUUAAAUAUAAACAUGUUGAGUAGUGGGAGGGCCAGUUGGGAAGAGUAAGCAGCCACACCAGAAGCAAAAUAUAUAUAAUAGAAGGUACUCUGCAUGCCAUUUUAGCCUAAGGCCUAAUGUUUCUUUAGCCCAUGAUAAACUGAAAGUGGGAUAAUCUCUUAAUUUAGUCAACUAGAAUAUAAAUUAUACAUUUUUAAAUAAAUGACUCGGGAUGAUAAUGGAAUUGAAUGGAAGGCAUUUUGCGAUACUUUCCGGUUUUUCACCUGAUCUUGAGAACUCAUGUGCAAAUCCAAAUUUUAUGUAUUUAACUGAGUCGAGUUUUGAUGUAUUUAUUCUCCAAAAAAAAAAGAAAGGCACAAUAUUUCAACUCCCUUGUCAAGUCCUUAUCCUUUUAUUGAGUAUUGACAGUAUUACAAUAAUUUUAUUAUGUAAUAUUUAGUUAGGAAAUAUUAAAUUAGACUUUUAUUUUAUUAUUUUUAAAGAAGAAUCUAUUUAUUGAUAAUAACGUUUCUCGCAUCAUUGGGUUUUGAGAAUUUUUUGUUCUAAAUAAUAUAGGCUAACCCAAACCUUUUUCACUCCCAAGAACUACAAAGAAAAUGUAAUCUCUGAAAACCGUAAAAAAAAAAGUACUAUUUUAAAUACCCGGUCUCCAUAUCAUUAACAGAUUUUGAUACAUUGAUACCGUUAUCAUGAUAAAAAUUUUUACUCAACCUCUGCCUCCCUCCUGAUCUGAAUUACCUGAAUUUAAAAAAAAACAAAAAAAACCCCAGAAUACUUACAGUUAUACUUCAAGACAAGCCCAGCUUUCACAUCUAACAUUGUGUUUUUUUUAUAAAUAUUCUUUAUCUCAUAAAAAUUUCCCAUGCAACUAAAUUGUAUUUUGAACUAAUUUGAAAACCAAAUAAUUACUUAAAUUUAAAGAAAACCUUAACCCUUGCUAGUUAGUAGUACAAUUUUAAAUUUAAAUAUUAUACAGAUGAAAGUAUUGUGUCCAUCUCCUAUUAUUAGGCAUUUCUGGAAAAUUCAAAAAUCGGGUAUCAUAAUUUCGCUGUCAAAAUGAUAUCAACAUAUUUUUAUUCUCAGAUUCAGAUAAAUACGGUACAUAAAAUGAAUCUUUAAUUUUUUUAUUUCUCUUUUUAUAACACAAUGGUCCGUGAAUGCAAAAAACGGAGAAAGUUGUGGAGUGUACAGUUUUUAUCUUGUACAAUUUGUUUAAUAGUCUUUGUGGUAGUCUCUUAUUUUUAAGGCCCUAGCCCUAAGUGCAAUGCAAAUGAAAAACAUUUUUUGUUUUAUAGUUAACUUUUUUUAUUGGCUUAAAUAAUCAACUUUCAAGUUACUUCAUUAUUAAAAGGAUUUUAUAAGUCAAAUGUCUUUUUGUUCCAAAACACAUAAAGUAAAGACCUAUUAAAAUAUUACAUUUAAAUACUGAUGGGCUGUAGACCUACAACAUAUACCUAUACCUAUACCUUAAUAAACAACAAAGUCUAAUCAUUAGAAAAUUUGAUAAACAUUAGGCUUACUUGAUAAAUAUUUAUUAUUUAGGCAUAAUUGGUAUUUAUUUAUAUUAUUAUUGCCUACUAGAACUAGGCCUACUCCUUUAAUUAAGAGUUACUACUUCUGCCAUUACUACUACUACAGUACAUAAUAAAGUGAUCAGAGUAAAAACAAAGUUAUAGCAGUGGUUCCGAACCACUUCCAAGGGGCUCCACGCUCGCUCCAGGAAAUAAAAUAAAUAAAAUUGAAGGAAACUUGUCAGACAGAGGGUAGGCUUAGUGGCUCCGUUAUAGAAAUCGAUUCUAAAAAGAGCUCUGUGAGCCAGUAAGAUUCGGAACCACUCAGUUAAAGUAUGGGUACGACGACGAGGGAAAAAAUAUUUAUUUUCAGAUAGAAAAGAGCUAAUGGAUUAUUUCAAAUCAAAUCUGCAUUAAUAUCAUUUGUGGUUGUCCAGGUUUGGCUAAUUUAAACUUGGACUUGAUGGUGAUAACAUAAAUUGAGAGGAAAGAGUAAAAGUAUACUUUUUAUUUUAAAAGCUAUAUUUUUGGGUCUGUUUUAAUUAGUCUUACUCAACUUACUGAAUACUGGAAUUGUAGGCGGCAACCAAGGGUAGGCUACUCUGAUUAACACAAAAUUUGGCCAUAGGGUACCCCAUGGUAUUAUAGAUUGUUUUAUAGUCAUUAUUCAAAAGUUUUAAUAAAUUAUAUACUUGAAAUUUAUUCAAUUUCUUUCACAUCCAGGUUUCUUUGCUGAUGCUGGGGAAGAAGGUAUUUUAGCAAGUUUUUUAACCAAGCAGAGCUCAGCAGAAAAGGAUGAAGCCAAUGCCUGUGGGGAACUGUCUACCUCUGCUAAAAUGUUGAGACUCUCGCCUCAGGACUUUCGCUUACACUUUCGCAUGUCAUAUUCAAUGUUUUGUGAUCUUCUUACAGCAGUAAAAGAACACUCAUCAUUCUUGUCUUCUGAUAAAAAGCGAAAAUCUGGUGAACUCAAAUUAGAAACAAAAUUACAGAUAGCAUUGUAUUACUUGGGUUCAUUGCACACACGGGAAGAAAUAGCUGACUAUUUCAAUAUAGACCAGUCUAGCCUGGAACUUGUCUUAAAUCAGACAGUAAAUUGCCUAUACGAACUAAUGCAGGUUCUUAUAUCAUGGCCUGAUAAAAAACAAUUUAAAAGCAUUAUUGAUGGUUUUCAGAAAAGCUCCCGCUUGCCCAAUAUCAUUGGGGCCAUUGAUGUCACUCAUAUAAACUUACAAAUUGCAGACUCGGAUAAAAAGUUUUACCUGAACUCUUGUAACAGACCAACGGUCAUCUUGCAGGCUGUGUGCGAUCACAGCAUGAAAUUUCUCCAUUGUUGUACUGGGUGGCCGGGGUGUGUUGAUGAUGUCAGUGUCCUACAUGAUUCAGACUUAUUUCAAGAUGUGAAGGAGAAUCAGUCUGUCUUUUUCCCCAAUGACUGUAUGCUAGUUGGUGACCUUGCCUACCCGUUGUAUAGCUGGCUACUCACACCGUAUGAAGGCCCAGAUAGUAACUUAAAUGACAAACAAAUACAGUAUAAUUUUUAUCUAAAUAUAGCACAUAAUACCAUCUCAAAAGCUUUUCUUCAUCUUCGGCGCAGAUUUCCCCGCCUUGAAAAUAUUGAUGUAAGCGAUUUGGAAAAUGUUGUUAAAAUAAUUUUAGUUACAUGUGCACUGCAUAACUUUUGUAUUGAUCAGGGUGAUACAGAUCUUUUCAUGGACUCUCUGAUUUGUGAAGAGAGAUUAAGCACAAUAUCAGAGCCGGAUAAUAGAUUUUCAAAUACAGAGGCAUUUCUUCAAAGAGAUAAAAUUUCUCAAGCACUUUAAAAUUUCAUGUGUUGUGUAAAUAAAGGGCUGAUUUAUUUUUACAUUUCCAAGAAAACCUGCCUUACAGUUUUGUUGUCAUUUGUUUUUUAAUGAGAUUAUUUUGUAAUCAGGGUUUAUACAAAACAGGACUUUAGCAAGAAUUUUGUUUGUAACUUCAAUUUUUAGUGAAAGAUUACAUCGUAAAUUAGCAAGUGAUAUAUGUUAUUUAUUAAUAAUCUGG